GGCUGAGGGGCUGCGGCGGCCGGGGACCGGGGAAGUUUGGGCGACCGCUGGCUGCGCUGCGAUCCGGAGCCGGGCUCCAGCCUUGAGGACCAGUGGGCGGGCAGGCUUACGGACGCCCGCGGGCCUGCUGCCACCGUCUCGCGUCCUCUUGUCUGGAAGAGUGUUUAAGCUUUUAAAAUGUCAUCUAUCAAGCACCUAGUUUAUGCAGUUAUUCGUUUCUUACGGGAACAAAGUCAGAUGGAUGCUUAUACUUCGGAUGAACAAGAAAGUUUGGAAGUUGCAAUUCAGUGCUUGGAGACAGUUUUUAAAGUCAGCCCAGAAGAUACACAUCUAGCAGUUUCACAGCCUUUGACAGAAAUGUUCAUGAAUUCCUUCUGUAAGAAUGACAUUCUGCCUCUUUCAAACUCAGUGCCUGAAGAUGUGGGAAAAGCUGACCAAUUAAAAGAUGAAGGUAAUAACCACAUGAAAGAAGAAAAUUAUGCUGCUGCAGUGGAUUGCUACACACGGGCAAUAGAAUUGGAUCCAAAUAAUGCGGUUUAUUAUUGCAACAGGGCUGCUGCUCAGAGUAAACUAGGUCACUACACAGAUGCAAUAAAGGAUUGUGAAAAAGCAAUAGCAAUUGACUCAAAGUACAGCAAGGCCUAUGGGAGAAUGGGGCUAGCUCUCACUGCCAUGAAUAAAUUUGAAGAAGCAGUUACAAGUUAUCAAAAGGCAUUAGAUCUUGACCCUGAAAAUGACUCCUAUAAGUCGAAUCUGAAAAUAGCAGAACAGAAGUUGAGAGAGGUAUCUAGUCCCACAGGAACUGGAUUGAGCUUUGACAUGGCCAGCUUAAUAAAUAAUCCAGCCUUCAUUAGUAUGGCAGCAAGUUUAAUGCAGAAUCCUCAAGUUCAACAGCUAAUGUCAGGAAUGAUGACGAAUGCCAUUGGGGGACCUGCGGCUGGAGUUGGGGGCCUAACUGACCUGUCUAGCCUCAUCCAAGCGGGUCAGCAGUUUGCUCAGCAGAUACAGCAACAGAAUCCUGAGCUUAUAGAGCAACUUAGAAAUCACAUCCGGAGCAGAUCGUUCAGCAGCAGCACUGAAGAACAUUCCUGACUUGACCAGGGACCCUGGCCCAGAAUGUAAAUGGUGAUGGCUCUGAAGUGCUUGCUGUAGAUAGUGGCCAAGAAUAAAAAAAAAACAAAAACAAAAAACCUAAAGAAUAAAUCUGUCUAGACAAUAGGUUUAUCACAAACAGACUUGAACAUAACAUGACUCCUUUGUAAACGAAUGUUCAGUAGUCUUGUUAAGUGCCAAUAUAGCACUGCACAGGGGCUUCCAUUUUCAAAUCAUCAUCAUAUUUGUAUAUUAGACUUAAUAGCAGAGUAUGUUUAUUGAACAGUAAGGCUGUUUAUUGAUGAGUUCUCUGGCUCCAAAUUCCCUUAAGCGAACUUUUUUGAAGGGGAGAUGACCAAGAGGGCAGGUUUCUCAUGCUAGUUUAGGAGAUAUAGACUUGCCACUGAGCAGUGUCUGGAGAGAAGAAAUCUGCUAUCUAGGCUCAGCUCUGACAGCGCUAUCAGUCAAGAACAUAUGUCAUAGAGGCCAGUACUAAAUUUAAUGCUGCUUGUUCUGGUGGGUGACUGGGAAUCUUAAGAGCUGGUGGAAAGCAGCAUUUGGAGCAAGGGCUGUUGUUUUGAAAAGAAAAAAUAGAUGCUAUGAAUGUAUAGAAAGUGAAGGUAGGAUGCUCAGGUUUCCUGCAUAGUUCUUAACUAAUCUUGCCUGCAGUUUGGUAUUGAUAAUAUUAGCAUGGCCAAUUACGCUCAGUACAUAAUAAAAUACAUUUAGAAAUCCUUAACAGUACUGGUUAGGUCAGUUGUAUAACUAUUGAAUUUAACUAGCACAAUUUCCCCAGUGGUGAUGUUACCGUGGAAACUCUCAAAUAUACCUAUAUUUAAAUAAGCCAGUGGCUUGGCCCUUAACUUAAGGAUUUUCUAAGUGGCAUUUAAUUAUGUGCCUAUAAACUGUUUUUUUUUUAAACUUAGUAAUUAUUUGAUGGAUUACAAAAAGCAUCUGUCACUAACAUUGCUUAUUCAUGUAAUCCUCUGCUAUAAUUUGGCUUGACAUGUCAAAGCCUUUAUGCUUAACUGUAAUAUGAUGCAACUUAAACAUAACAGGGACUUAAAAUACUUUAUUGAAAUUAGAAGAAUACAUAUUAGUGGAGAGAAGUGGCAUUAGUUAUUAAUGGCAUGGCUCUAACUAUAGUGAUGGAUGAGACUGUUCUAAUUCCAACUGGAAUUUCUUUUGUUUGUUAAUUAUGAAAUUGGUAAAGUUGGGCAGACGUAAUGAUUUCACAAGUGUGAGAGAAAACUAAAAAGAAAGUAAUAUAAAAUUACAUCAGUAAUACUGAUGAUGAUCAGGGUCUUAAUAUAACUGUUCUCCUCAAAAGACUAAUUAUGUAGUAUCUUCAAGUUUAAAAACCACCUUUUCCUUUCUUUCCCUUUGUGAGAUUAGAACAGUGGUUCUAUACUUUCACUGUAAGAAUCACCUGUAGAAUUCGUUAAAAAUGCAGAUUCAGGGCCACACUUAAUUUUUAUUUAGUCGGUCCUGUAAUCAGUCCCAGGAAUCUCCAUUUUAAACAGCACACCAGGUGGUUCUGAUGUAGGUCCAAGGACUCUAAUUUAGAGCAACACUAGAUUAGAGAUUUCUCCUCAUUUUGAUCAGCAAAUUCCUAACUGCCUGGGCUCAGGCCACAACGAAGACCUGUAUGAACCUAUAGUUCUGGCCAGAGAUGAGCAGGAUUUAAAUCGUAGACCCUUUGAAUUAAAUUUCCUAUAUUCCGUCAAAACCAACUUAAUGUUUCAUGAAGUUAAAUUCAGCUCCUAGUGUUCAGGUGUUAUACGAAUGAAGUACAAACUAAUCACAUGAAACUGAUGACCAUGAUGAAAAAAAAAGAAGCAAUGUUGAUCCUUAAUUAAAAAUUAGUCAGUCUUAUCCAGUGUUGAGUAAGAAAAAGAUUCUGGCAUAACUAUCUUGCAUGCAUUAAAAACGCUUCCAGAUUAGUAAACUUGGUAAGCCUCUAGGUGACUGACUAGGAAAAAGAGAAAAUACAAAUCAACAGGAUCCAAAGUGAGAGAGGGGCUGUCACUGCAGCCCCUGUAAACAGGAAAAGGAGAGUCAGAAAAUACUAUAACCAGCUCUAGGAUAUACAUUUAACAACUUAGAUGAAACAAAUUCCUUGUAAGAUACAAAUUACCAAGGCUCAUUGAAGAAAUAGAUUAUCCUCCAGAAAAUGAAACCACGGGCCCACACAAUUCCAAUGAUGAAUUCUACCAAACACUUAAGGGAGAAACAAUAUCAAUUCUACACCAUCUCUUCCAGAAAACAGAAAAGGAGGAAACACUUCCCAUCUCAAUUUAUUUACCCUUUACUCUGAUACCAAAAUAAGAUAAAGAUAUUAUAAGAAAAAACACUUUACAACAAUGUCUUGAUUUGUUAACAUCUGUAGUUAAGAUAGCCAUUCUUUUUACAUGAAGUAAUGGGAACUGACGUAUUUCUUCCAUUUUACCUUUCUAAUUUCUUUCUUUGCUAAUAUACCACGCAUAGCAAAUUGAAUUUAGAUGAUAUCUGUCCACUUACCUGGAUUUCCAUUCUAUUCAAGCCAUUUUUGCUCUUUAAGUACUUUCAUCACUUUGGAAUCACUGCAUUGCAAGCUAUUUCAAAAAGUUUUGUGUAGUUGGAUUAUGCUAGCUACUCUUAAAAUUCUAAGGAAUGCCCCAAAUAUUACUUUUGCUUGUUUGCAACAAGACGUUAAAGUAAAUCUUUAUAUACAUUCUACUUAGGAAUGACUGACUUCCAUUAACCAUAUUUCACUGUAGUAGCUGUAGCUGUUAUGAUGCUAUGUAAAACUUAAAAUAUCCUUUGUAUGCAAAUGACCUUUUCAUUUAAUGUACCAAAUUGUUUAUCUAAUUUUUAUAAUAUUGUUUAAACAGAUCCUUUUUAAGAUGACAUUAUCUAACCUUUACUUAAAGUAUGAACAGUAUGUGUCUAGGUUAUUGCUUCUAAAAAGAUACUUUGUAAUUAAAUCAAGUUAAUAUUAGCAGA